UCCUGUGGUUUCCGGGUGCAGCUUGGUCCUCAGAACUGUUGCAUGGUGUGUUCCCUGAAACAUUUCAGCCUUUCAUUGUUAAAUACACGACUUAGGGAAGUUACUUGAGGAACUUAACUGCGUCUUGCAGCCUCUUGCUGCUAGUUUAUAAAGACCAGACUUCGAGUUGGAGUGAAAAAAGCGGUGUCUCGGAGUUCUGAACACAUUUCAGAUGAGCUUCGCCUAAACUCAAGACAAGCCACACUUGGCUGUCAGCCUGCCCAUUUCAAACAUCAUGGCAGACAAUUAUUACAAACUGGAAGAUGAAGUCCUCCCCAGCUUCCUCUGUGAGUCUAUGGACAACUCCAGUGGCCGUCCCACACUAGGGAAUGUGACACUGGGCUCAGGUCCAGGACUGCCAGUGGCUGCCUCCACAAUGGCCAAAAUCAGACCCAGUUCAGACAACAGAGAAGAUCAUUGUGAGUCAUAUCUGGAUGACAAUGAGUUGAAGCAGGCCAGCUCACAGACAUCAGUUGGAGAACAGCUCAAGUUUGCCCUCAGCUUUAAGGAUGACUUGGACAAAGCGGAUGACUUCAUUGCAGCCCACCGUCUUUCAGACAUGCUGGUGAAGAUUAAUCUAAAUGACAGCGUGUCUCAAAACCAGGGCUCUAUGAUUAAGCUGCUUCCUACACAGAUGGGUUCAGUCAAUGCUUGGACCACAGAAGUUGGAACAGAUCUUUCAACAGGGCUUCUGACACUUCCCCAGUUUCGACAUAAAGACAAUACAGAUGCAAAGGCCUCACCAGCCACAGAGGGAGAGGACAAUGUGCAGAGUGAAUGUGUGGACAGUGACCAUUUCAGUGGCAGCAAUUCAAGCUUCCUGGCAAACGAGAAGCUCAUGUCUGUGGACAGUAUGAACAGUGAUAUCACAGAUGAUGACACUGACUUCAACAAUUUGCCUGAUGAUGAACUGGAACUGUACUUCAAUAAGCUGGUCCCUCCUGCCAUGCAGAGAGGCAGAGUUGAGGGCCAGGAGAUUGUCUCAACAGAGGACCUCGUGAUGUCUGACGUGCGUCUGGCUGCUACAGGUAUGGACUCCUGUCCUGCCAGUGAUGAGGACACUGAGGAUGAGCUGGAAUCUGCCAGAGGAAAUAAAAAUGCAUCCAGAACACGGCUGCUGUCAAGCACCUCCAGACAACUGGUUGGAGAGAGUAAUCGUCCCAGUUUCCGGCCGGGUUUAGAGGGAGGUAGUUCUGAUGAUGAGUAUUUAAGUGGCCGCAGUGGUGCAUCUGUGUCUGGGAUCGAACACAGACGAUCUGCUGAGGGACAGGUCAUCAACCCUCCUGUUACAGGGGAUGGAGGAGGUGGGGAUGGGAGCAGUGGGAGUGAGGAAAGUGGAAAUUAUGGGGGCGUGUUAACCAUCCCUCCUCCAACAACUAAUGUUCAGACCACCUAUGAUGUCCUGCGUGGGCUAGGGAUUGUGGGCAGCAGUGCUGUUGGUGAAGAUGAAGACAGUGAUCUGAAUAAUCUGGUUGGACAUGGAAGGAACAGUCUUUCCAGACAUACUGAGAUUGGUCACCGGGUGGGUCCUGUAGGAAUAGGGGAGGCCAGCUCCUCUCUGGGAGUGUCACUGGGAACUCAGAGGCUCUCUCCUGUGAACUGGAGCAUGGUGCUGGACCGACAGGAGGCACUGGAUGCAAUGGAAUGCACGGAAACUGGGCCCACUGUUGACCGAUUGUUGGAUUCAGUCUACCUGAAAAGUAGAGCUGGACUCAGAAGACCCCAAAAUGUAGCAGACCUGACUGUCUCCCAUCUUCAAGGCAUACAGGGGAGUUUCCACCUCUCCCAGGUAUUGCUCCCAGAAUGUGGUGACAAGGAUGGGGACGACAAUGAUGAUUAUGAUCACAGUGGAGUAGAUGAACCUGAUGGUGCCAGACCCUCCUUAGGCUUGAGGGGAGGGCCCUGUGGGGAUGUGAAUACUGCAGAGGCCUCAGGCAGUACCAGUGAGGAUGACACAAAUCCUCUCUCCACCUCCUUGGAACCCAAGUAUUUCUCCCAGAGCUUCCACCAGGAACUAGAAGAUUCAGACGAGUGGCACCACUGUCCAGACAACCUGGAGCUGGAGUUUCAACAAGGUGCCAGCACCACACAUAAUGUUGUGUACCAGAAUGAAGAAGGGCAGUGGGUGACAGACCUGGCUUAUUAUUCCUCCUUUGAGAAAGAAGUUGAUGGGAAGACGUCAGAGAAUGCUGGCCAGUUUCAAACUGAGGACUUUGUUGACCCAAGUAAUGCUUUGGAAAAGUUAGCUAAAGAUCAAGAGGAGUUUGAAAAAGAGCACCAGUUCAUUCAGGAAGAGAAGAUUGAACUGGUCAACAGCAACAGCACCUUCCAGAGUGACUCAUUGUGCAAGUUCCCCAGCAACAGCCUGAUGAGGGCUUCCCAGGUCUCAUCUGAAUUUAAGCAGGGAGACCAGAGCUACCUGCGACUGUCUUUUGGAGAGUUUUUUGGACAACGCUCUGAAGCCCUGGGCUGUUUGGGCAGCAUGAGUGAUGUGGAUGGAGUUAAACGGCCAUCUUUUGGCUACAUUAUUACUUCUCCAGAAAAGAGGGAGCCAUUUCCCCUCAUUCACCCCACAGAGUUCUCAGCUACAGUCAAAUCCUCACACAUUGAUACCAUGGAGCUUAGUGAAGCAGACAAAACACUCAACCCAGAGGACCUAGACAAAACUCUUGAGGCUCCAGGUGAAAGGAUGUCACCAAAAGGGGAUGUUGAUCCAGAAUCCAGUGAACAGGAGAUUCUCUCUGAGCCAGAACAGAGUGCCAUGUGUGACACACUGCAGACAAGCACCCAUGUUGGAGAGCCAAGUGCCUUUGACCUGGAGAAGUACCUGAAAAUGGCUGAUGUCUCUUGCACCGGUGAUGCCUCUGUGGCACACACUACCUUUGACCUGACCAGAUGGGCUCACAACCUCAGUAGGAACCCUCAAACAGGAUACCCUGAGGACCAGAACAACUCAUUUCAGCCAGUGGAUAGUGAGACUCAAAAAAAGGCAUCUGAAGUUUACCUUUCAAAUUUAUUAUCACCAGGUAAUAAAGGUAAAUCAAAAAGAAGCCCUCUUCCUUGUCCCCGCACAUCUUUCAGCUCUGACAGGAGGUCUAUGGGAUCAGGACAGUCUUCCAUGCUCAAGCUUCCUGUAAACAAAAGGACACCUUGUGAUAAAAUAAUUUCUUCUGCAACCAAGACUUGUGGAUCCACAGGCAGUACCGCCACAGAAAAUGGAGUAAAGCCAGGAGAACUAAACCCACCAGCACCCAUCAAUACUGGGUAUUCUUUAGUUGCAACACAAAAGAGUGAUACAAUCACUUCUACCUCAACUGGCUUGCCUAGAAACUCACCAGGAUGGAGGAAAGGGCAGUCGGGCCUGCCCUACCGUAAAGGUUACUCUCCCCCGUCUCAAAGGAUGAGGACUGCAGGCCAGCAGCAUCAGGACAGACCCAGUAAUUCUCCGCAGAAGGAACCACUAUCCAGGAAUACUGUGGAAGCUCCACUACCUUGUAGCUCUGAGGAGAAACAUGCUGGCUCCUCUUCUCAAAACAUCUGGCCCUCAGUAGAACCUGCAUCAGAAGUCCCAAAGGAUUUUUCAGAGCCCUGUGUGGAGGAGAUGCAGUGUAACUUCAGACCAUCCACCUCUCCACUCACACACUCCUCUCCAAGUCAGACCUCCAUUCCCAGUGCUAAUGGUAUAGUGUCACCUUCUUCCUCCAGUGGAGGUCUGACAGACAAACGUCCUGGUCAUGACCUCUCUCCUCAGUCUACCUGCUCGAGCCCUAGUCUCAGCAGGCUCACAUACAUCUCAAUGAAUGAUGGCACUGUCAUACCAACUCCUGAGAGACAAAAGAAUAAUUGCACCAUGGCACUGAGCACCACCAUCAUCAGAUUCAGUCCAACUCCACCUAUUGGACCCGAUGAACAGUCUAACCAUGAUAUCCCUUGUCCAUCUAAAAGCAUAGAACAGCUGCAACCACAGCAUUCUAAAAGUCUGGACCCUCUACCAGCACCGCAAUGUAAAAGCCAAGAGCCCUCACGCAGUGGUUCUGCCCUGAGCUGUACUCGCAGUCAGAGUGAAUGUAACUACCACUGUGCCAGGGACGGGACCAGUGAUCUUUCAGCAGGUUGUAGGACCCACAGGCACCUCUCUGAAUCAAAUGUUAGGCAGCUCACCAAAGUGGACUCAGGCUAUUGUAGCAAUCUGAACAUUCAGCAAACUAGAAGCAUCACAGCUCCUCAGAGCUCCCAGCAAUGGGGAGCUGCUAGCUCAGCUUUGUCAUCCGUGUAUGCUAGUGGCCUUGGCGUUCCUCUGUCCUACUCAUCAGAGGGAUUUCACUAUGUGCCCAUCCCCAGUUUUAAGCCCCAGUGCACUGGUUUUAUUGACCUUCCCCACCAAGGAGAUGUGCAUUCCCUCCUCACUGGACGUUCACUCUAUAACUCCCACCUGGCUCAGCAGUAUUUGGGAUCUGAAGCUCCAUUACAUCCUGGUGCCUAUCCUGUGGGACCAACUGGAAAUGGUUUCUACAGUGUGUCCUCUACAGGCACAUCCAAUAGUCAUCCAACAGUGAGCCACAUCCAUCCAACCUCAGGGCUUCUGGGAAUUUCUGCUGCUGCUGGCUCUCUUCACCUCCCCAGACCUCCUCAGAACCAACAGGACAUAGGAAUAAUAGCAAAACCUUACAGUCACCACGAUGCGGAGCCACUGGGGACAGGUGGACUUGAAGAACUAAGAGGCCAAGUGGUGGUACCAGGGGAAGUGCGGUUUCCUCAUGCCUGCUGUGUAGGCAUUGCCUCAGAGACCUCCCUCAGCCUCUUCAACCCCUCGGAGAGAUGGCAGCAAGUGUCAAUCACUGUCACCAGCCUGGCCAUUGAUGGAGAGAAGGUGGAGAGCUUGCCUUAUCAGUGGCUCAAAGUCAAGAACAAGACAAUCAUUGGGCCAAAGAGUCCAGAGGAGCAGAAAGUGUUGUUCAUAGCUCCACAGGCUGGUGUCUAUGAGUGUGUUCUCAAUGUUUGCUCCUGGCCUGCGUCUGCUGAGACAGAGGUGGCUGCCAGGGCUAAUAUCUUUGCUAAAAGGGUGGUGCUGAUUGCCAUAGCAGAGAAUCCUGCACUAGAGGUUGAAGAAACUAAAUAUUUGGAUUUUGGAGACCUUCCGGGAGGCAGUGCCAAAUCUCUUCCUCUCAAACUUGUCAACAAGACUCAUGCCAGAGUGCCCAUCCGUCUUGUAAUCAGUGCAAAAGCUACAGCAAGCCGAUGCUUUACCCUUUCCAAGCAGCCAGGUCUGAUGACCGAAGAAACACAACAGGGACACAUCACCCCAAUGUCUUCUCCCUCUGUGAUGAAUCAUGUGAUGUCUUCCAACUACGGAGAGAAUCCAGUAAGCUUCAUGGUCUGGGUAAAUUUCAAAGCCCCUCAGAAGUACACAUUUUCAGGAGAGCUAGGUCCGGCUGAGGGGUACCUCGCUCAGGUGGACAUUGAAUUGGACUGUCCUGGUCCAAGUUAUGUUAUCUUGAGUAUUCCCCUCAACGCCAGGUCUGGAACUGCAAGGGUCCAUGCUCCUAAAGACCUACAGACUCUCAGCCUUUCUGCCCCGCUGGGUAUAUCUCGAAAACAGACACUGCCAUUAAAGAAUGCUGGAAAUAUUGACGUGCAGCUGAAACUCGAGAGUAAUGAUGCUGAGGGCAGUUUCUCUGUGACACCUGAUGAACUCCUCCUGAGAGUAGGAGAUGAGCAGGAGGUCACAGUUUCCUUCAAAGCACAGGGAAACAGGAAAACCAGAGAAAGCCUCCUCACCAUAUUGGUGUUGCCAUCAGGCCCUCAGUAUGAGGUAACCCUGAAAGGAGAAGUUGUACCAGAGGACUCUGGGAAAGCUGCUGUUCCCUCUUCUGCUGCCUUUGGCUCUGGUCUGAGCAAAGACAUUCCACCAAUUCUGUCUAAUAAACAGUUCAUAGCUUGGGGAGGCGUCACUCUGGGACGCGCUGUCCAACAGAAGCUGGUUCUAAGGAAUAACUCUACAAACGUCACACAGCAGCUACGGUUGCUCAUUCGUGGUCAAGAUCAGGACUGUUUUCAGCUCCAGAGUAUGUUCAGUCCAGAAGAGCGUCUAACACGCCAUGGGGAGCUGUCCAUCCGUCCCAGAGAGGACGUGGCUGUGCACUUGCUCUUCGCUCCCACCAGGGUGGCCUCCAUGUUGGCCAAGCUAGAGAUCAAACAGUCUGGAGUCCGCCCUUCACAGCCAGGGGUCAAAUUCACGAUUCCACUGUCAGGCUAUGGAGGGACCAGCAACAUCAUCCUGGAGGACCAGAGGAAACAGGCCGACAGCUAUGUGGCAACACUGACCGACAUUGCCCUUGGUCGCAUCAGUAAAGUGUGUCUGUGUGUGAGGAACACAGGCUCCAGAGCAGCCUUCAUUAAAGCAGUUGCCUUUACAGAUAUGCAGACGCGAUCAGUUUUGGAGCCCUCUGUCAUCAGCCUUGCCCCAUCACAGUUUGUGCUGAAGGAAAGGACACAAGAGGUGAUAACUGUGCUCAUGAAGUCAACCCAAAGAGAACAGAGCCUGUGUCAGUCACUGCUGUCUACUGCCCUGCUGGCAACUGUCUGUCUGUUCUGUGGAGAUGAGGUCUCCAGGCAGCAAUACAGGAGAUUGGUUCAAAGCAAACCAGAGGCUGCACAGAAAGCUCUGUCCGAGAACAGUCUGCUGAAAAACGUCAACUUCAAUGAGAAGUUCCUGGGGGAAGAAAAUGUUAUAGAGAAUUUUAGUUUGGUAAAUGGUGGUGUGUCUUUGGAUGUACUGCCAGUCAAAGGUCCCCAGGGUCCAGCACUGAGAGUGACAGAACUCUCCUUAAAGGCUUCAGAUCCAUUACACAGGAAGUCUGAGUCCUGGACCAUCCAUCCAGAACAGCUUGUCCUUACAACUCCUACCAUCAAUGGAGCGGCCACCACAAGUCAGAUUCAGAUCUGUAACAACACCUCCAGAGAGCUGAGCUUUGAUUUGUCCUGGCCCGCUCAUUGCCUCACCAUCACGCCUCAGCAUGGAGUGAUUGAGCCUCAGUGCCAUCUGCAGAUUUGGAUCAGCCCUAACCCCUCACUAGCAACUAAAUCUGCCCUGCUACCAUGGAGUGGACAGGUUUAUGUACAGUGUGACGGUCAACAGAAGUUUAUUAAGGUACAGAUUCGUCCGGACCUGGCUCUGGAUGUGUCUGCAGCCUCAUCAGAUAGAACACUGUCAGCACUACCCCCUCAUGCUGCCACCCCUAUUCUUCCUGUGGCCAGACUGGCCACUGAGCCCUCAGUGUCCCUGCAGACACCACAGGCUGAGGUGGAGAUCAGCAACAAGAGCAUUGUCUUUGCCACCACUCCAACUGGGGAAACAUCAGGUAGGGAGGGUGUUGACAACACUGGAGAUGUCUACCGGGCUACCUACACUGCUUUCAGAUGCUCCAAGGUCUCAGGAGUUCUGGGAGCCAAUGAGAAAAUGCAGGUGCCCAUUACUUUCCUGCCUAGGGACCAAGGAGACUAUGCACAGUUCUGGGACUUGGAGUGCCACCCGGUGUCUGAGCCCCAGCAGAAAACCAGAACCCGCUUCCAGCUCUGUGGCACUGGUCUAAAAGCUGGACCUGUGGAAGGACCACAGGAAGCAGACAACGCUGUGGUGAAAAAAGAGCCCACAGUCAAGACCAGAAAGAGAGCUGAUGCCUCAGCAGGCAAAAACAGCCAGGAGGAGACUGUGUGGAGGGGCGUGUAUUCUCCACAGGAUCUGUACACCUUCCCUGCCACACGGGUGGGUGAGUCCAACACUCUGAAGGUCAACAUCCGCAACAACUCCUCCAGUACGCAUGAGCUGAAAUUUGUAAACACUAAGGAGCCCUUUCACAUCAAGCAUUCCAAAUAUUCUCUGAGAUCACAGCACUAUCUGAACCUACCCAUCCAGUUCAGGCCAAGCACUGCAGGCAGACACACCGGUGUGUUGCUCAUCCAGUUAGUAACAAGUGAUAGUCUUGUUAUUCAGCUGAUUGGUGAGGCAAUCCCUUGAACUCAACAUCUACCAUCCUACACCACGCCCACAUGCAGACUGGCUGGCUUUGGGUGGAUGCUCAUCUCUCAAAUGCUAAGGAAUCAAAAAAAAAAACCUGGACUUAAACCAUUCCUUGUCUUCAUAUUUGAAGAUGUGGACUGUUCACCUGGAAAUGCCAACAUCUGCCUCUGGAUCAGACUAGGACGUCUACCGGUGGCCCAUAAAAAAUUAUUGUGCUUGAUGCAGAACAUUUGCAUGUCUGUCUUAUAAGAAGUCUGCAACACUGUUAGGGAUUAUUUGGAGUUGGUCACUCAGGAAUGCCUUUGUCUCUUGUUUGGUAACAUGCCGAUUUUCUUUUUUUUUAUUAU